GCCUCAUACAACAGCACAAGUACCAGCACAGCCCCAGGUCAUACCAAGCUCUCCUGUACCUGGAACUACAGUGGUAUCGCAGGAAAUGCAAGAGAAUGUGAAAAAAUGCAAAAACUUUUUAGCUACCCUUAUAAAACUGGCUUCUCAUAACUCACCUUCUCCAGAAACAUCCCGUAAUGUGAAAGCUCUGGUUCAGGAUUUGUUGGAUGCAAAGAUUGAUCCAGAAGAAUUUACAGGCCGCCUUCAGUCAGAGCUCAAAUCAUCUCCUCAGCCAUAUCUUGUACCUUUCCUUAAGAAAAGUCUACCUGCAUUGAGACAAUCUUUACUGAAUAGUCAACAUUCAGUUUUGCAAGGACAGCCGUCUCAGCAGUCACUUCAACAAACCAAGCUAUCACAGAUUUUACCUCAGUCUGCCUCUGGAAGUAUUUCUGCUGUUGUCACAACGCAGACAAUAGGAAUAAGGCAACCAAACAACAUUUGCACGGUCUCUGUAUCAAAUACAGUGCAGCCUCCUCAGGUUAAGGUGGUACAGUCAAGUCAAAGUUCUCAACUGCAGAUUAUCCAGUCAACAUCUGCUCAAACUGUGAAACGAAACCCUGCUUGCCAGACUACCCAGAUUAGGAUGCCAGUGGUAAUAACUCAGACCAUUAGACCACCAGGCACAGUAGGGAAGGCACCAACAAUCCAAGCCAGCAAAAGUCCUGGGGGCUUCGGUGUUCAGGUCUCUGCAAAUCAGAAAAACAAGCUGAAUGACCCUGGAGGUGGUUCUUUCAGAGAUGAUGAUGACAUCAAUGAUGUUGCCUCUAUGGCUGGUGUUAAUCUAAAUGAAGAAAAUGCCCGAAUUAUGGCUACCAACUCUGACUUGGUUGGAACCCAGAUACAGUCCUGUAAAGAUGAACCCUUUCUUGCUGCUAUACCUCUGCAUAAACGCAUACUUGAAAUGGCUAAAAAAUUAGGAAUUACCGAUGUGCCAGCUGAGGUGGUUACUUUUAUUUCCCAUGCAACCCAAAACAGAUUAAGAACAGUGAUAGAAAAAGUAACAGUGAUAACACAGCACCGUAUGGAGUCACACAAAGAUGAUGAAUGGUAUGAACAAGCUACAGAUGUCAGAUCACAAUUGAAGUUUUUUGAACAGUUGGAGCGUUUAGAAAAGCAAAGGAAAGACGAACAAGAGAGGGAAAUCUUGCUAAAGGCUGCUAAGAGUCGCUCAAGGCAAGAAGACCCAGAGCAAGCUAGACUGAAACAAAAAGCAAAGGAGGUAAGCAGAGUUAGAGAUCAUUACACUUGA